AGCUCGUUGAAAAGGUUUCCUCAGCAUCAGAUCAGUGAAUAUGGUACCUUGAGGUCUUGCCCUCGGAUCAUAUAGACUCAGAGUAUCGUAUGGGCGUGUCGUCUGCAUCCGCUCGAUCUGUAGAGGGAUUGAUCCUGCCAAAGCCACCAGACACUCUUGGAACUUGCCACCUUGGAGUACACGGAGUCAAUUCGGCAGGGCCAGACGUGGAGAUCAACAAACAUGGAUCAGAUGUCAAGAGCGCCGACUCCAACAGCUCCUACAUCCUCGUGGCCUCACACGUUCGACGAACCCCAUAGCCUCAACCACACUGCCGAACCUACAGUGCAGGACUGGGAUAGUGACGAACAGCCAUCAUGCCUCUCGAUCGCCUCAUCAGUGCCAAAAGGAGCUUUACGGGUAUCUUCUCUCGGAUGAGUAUCGCUCCUAUCGCGCCGCAAUGCUCCCCUAAGCAAAACGAAAACAAUGCCCCAAGCUGUGAGACUCCGGGAUCAUCCUCUUCAGUCGCGAGUCCAACUGCAGCGGAUCCUGGCGACGAACCGCCUAUCAGGGAGAGUCCAUCCAUGCGCAAAGGUCUAAUGGGCUCGUUGCGAAAGCAAAAGCUGCGGAGCAUCGGCUCUUUACGCAGCUUGCGCUCACCUACCAAGAGCAAGCAGUCUGAUACAUCAGAGUGUCUCAUAGAUAGUAGCCAUCUAACCCCGAAGCACCGCCUCAACUCAUCGCUUUUACUCUACUUCGAGGAGUCUCCCCCAGACAGACCAAUAUUCGAUCUUGACCGCAUGAACUCCCGGACCUCGAGUCUGUAUGUCCACCAUUCCUCGCCGGUACAGGUCCCAUCAUCCUUUGAACAGAUCCCGCAAUCACCUGCCGAUUCAUCGCUCAUACCAGAUGGAACUGUUCCCCCAUCACCAGCGCCUAUCCAGAAGAUUCUGGACUCAGAAAAGACCAUGGUUCGUUUGUCACCAGCGUACACUGAAGCGUACGAACCGGUUUCGGGAGCGAUGAAAAGGCCAGCUUCAACAAAAAGCGCUCUCUCUGACAGUCUUCGGGAAGCUGCAGUCUACUUCAAUGAGCCCCUCGUUCGCUUUCCAAACCCGGGAUCCGACUACCUGCCUAUCGACGAUUGCUUUUCACUCCCUGCUAGGAGCGAAGACUUAGGGCUAGCAUUAGCCCGAGAGGAUCCGUCUGAGGUGAACCCUGUGGAGAACUCUCCAGUGUACAACAACCCGGAUCAGCCAUCAGGCGAUGCAACCACUGAGGUCUUGAAUGCAACGAAUACAGACAAGACACCAGAGGAGCACGCACAGCUCAUCCUUGAGAAAGGCUAUCAUGCAAGGGUCCACCGUCGAACGGAUGGAGAGUGUCGUUUGAAGAUCAAGCUGCUCGCCUUUUACCCCGAAGAUGACGACGACGACAGCAAAUGGACCAGCGAGACGCCAAUCAUGCUUGCUGCCGAAGAAGAAGAAAAGCUAGCGUCACAACUGAGCGCUAUCAUUCGGAAUACUGGGCUUACCUCUAUCUCUGACAGCAAGCUCGACGAGGCGUUUGCUACAGGAAAACUUUCAGCAUAUCUGGAUGUUGACCCAAGUUGGCACGUCGCCAAGGAGGCGAAGAUGGAAAAGCGCGAUAGUUCCUGGGGCGAGCAUACUGGGCUCUACGAUGGCAGCGGCUAUGGAUCAAGGUCCAGCUCGAGACCUGUGACUGGUGUGACUGAGACGGCCGACGUAACUCGUACACGCAUCCCUGGAGCAUUCGUCGACCACGAAAACGAAGCGCCUGUGAUCAUCCGCAGGCUGUGGGACAAUACCUAUCCGCACAGCCCGGAUACGGACUCGCCUGUGAAGGCUACUGUGGCUGAUCCCGCAAUCUCCGCAGCGCAAGAGCAGCAAAAGAACCCCUUGCAAGACUACGAAGCCUUCCAGGGGAUGUUGGAUCUCGGUGGCAACGCAUAG